UCUUCGAGUGUAUAUUUCUGCUGUGUGUCUUUCAAAGCUAGCCAGGCAUCAAAGACACGUACCUCACCCGAGAUUUUUUUUUUGGCUUGUUUAUUUAAUAAGAGAACGAUAAAUUAUUGUUUUAUAUCGGGUUUUUUUUGUUUAAAAAUUGGACUUUUACAUUUAUUUAUUUGUCCACGGAGGCCUUUUUCAUUGUUAAACGUCCAAGGAAUUUUCGUUGCUGUUUUCUUUCUCUUCGGAGACGCAGUUUAAUUACGGUCUUAUCAAAGAUUCCGAAAGAAGCUCCCGCACGUCUAGAUUACGCGCUUCGUUGAUUAAGACGAGGCAAGUCAAGCAGCCAAGGACAAAAGAUCAAGAGGCAGCCGGGCGCUUCCACAACCCCCGUUAAUUGACUUGCCUGUUUGACCUGGUAUCAAAGGGGGCAUCCUGGAUCCCGUCAUGACCAAAGCUGAGAUGGGCAAGCUCAAUACUUCCCCUGAUGAAGACAGCAGCAGCUACAGCUCCAACAGCAAUGACUUCAACUACCCCUACCCAUCCAAACCAGAUCCUAAGAGCCAUUAUCUAGACAUGGAUCCAGAGAACCAAAACUUUUUACUUGAAUCCAAUCCUGGGAAGAAGAAAUAUGAAACUGAAUAUCAUCCAGGUACUACUUCCUUUGGAAUGUCAGUAUUUAACCUCAGCAAUGCUAUUGUGGGUAGUGGCAUCUUGGGGCUGUCCUACGCCAUGGCAAACACAGGAAUUGCUCUUUUUGUAAUUCUUCUAGUCUUUGUGUCAAUAUUCUCUUUGUAUUCCGUUCACCUCCUUUUGAAGACUGCUAACGAAGGAGGAUCUCUGUUAUAUGAACAGUUAGGAAUGAAGGCAUUUGGCAUGGCCGGGAAACUCGCAGCAUCUGGCUCAAUCACAAUGCAGAACAUUGGAGCUAUGUCAAGCUACCUCUACAUAGUGAAAUAUGAGUUACCAUUGGUCAUCAAGGCAUUUAUGAACAUCGAAGAAAACACAGGACAAUGGUAUCUGAAUGGUGACUACUUGGUCCUGUUGGUAUCCUUGGUGCUUAUUCUUCCUUUGUCCCUGUUGAAAAAUUUAGGUUAUCUGGGUUACACAAGUGGAUUUUCCUUACUGUGCAUGGUCUUCUUUCUGAUCGUUGUCAUUUGCAAGAAAUUUCAGAUUGAUGUUUGUGGACUGGAUUACAGUAUGGUUAAUGAAACUCUGAAUGCCACCUUAGAACAUCUUUCAACUGCGGCAAGUUUUCAUGGAACAACACACAAUAUAACUGAUGAUGACAUGUGCACACCAAAAUAUUUCAUCUUCAAUUCACAGACUGUCUACGCUGUACCGAUCUUAACUUUUUCCUUUGUCUGCCAUCCUGCUAUUCUUCCCAUUUAUGAAGAACUGAAAAGCCGAAGCCGUAGAAGAAUGAUGAAAGUGUCCAACGUUUCAUUCUUUGCCAUGUUCCUCAUGUACCUUUUGGCUGCUCUCUUCGGCUACUUGACAUUUUAUGGGAGUGUUGAGCCGGAGCUACUUCAUACAUACUCUAAAUUGCUGGGAUCUGAUAUUCUUCUCCUUAUUGUCCGUUUGGCUGUCCUGAUGGCCGUCACCCUUACAGUGCCAGUUGUCAUUUUUCCAAUCCGCAGCUCCAUCACUCAGUUGUUGUGCGCAGGGAAGGAAUUCAGUUGGUUGCGACACUGCGCUAUCACAGUGGCUCUCUUGAUAUUUACCAACGUUCUUGUAAUCUUCGUUCCCACCAUUCGAGAUAUAUUUGGGUUCAUUGGUGCAUCUGCUGCUGCCAUGCUGAUCUUUAUCCUGCCAUCAGCUUUCUACAUUAAACUUGUGAAGAAGGAACCUAUGAAAUCAGUACAGAAGAUUGGGGCUCUUCUUUUCCUGCUCAGUGGCAUGUUUGUGAUGACCGGAAGUAUGACUUUGAUCAUUCUGGAUUGGACCCACAAUGCUUCUUCCAAUGGCCAUUAACUGUCCCCUUCAGACUCCAGUGCUCAUUCAACCAUCUCCUGAUAGAGAGAACUUCUUACCUUGUUUGUAGUUCUGCUUCCUUUGAAAUGCAGAUUCUUUGAUGCUGGUUCUUCUGACUGCAGAAUAGAUGGACUUUUCCAGGGGGAAAAAGGAGCUAUUCUGUGCAAUGGGAAUGGACAGUAACAUCAAACCACUGAAUCUUUGGCUGAGGGAAGUGACUAUUUAUUCCAUUCCAGAGAAUGGACAGCUGUCUCUGUAAAAUUUUAUCAAGCCAGAUAUUUGGCUUUUGUCAUUGUUACUUGGAUAUUUUAUUAUUUACUUGAAUGUGCCUAAUGGAAACAAUUGAUGUGAGAAAUCAGUUAGUUUACAGCAGAGAAGGGCGUAAGCUAACGAAUGAAAGUAACAGAGAAAAAAACAUAAUUAUUUUUGUACCAAAAAUUUUAUGGACCUCAAAAGCACUAUUUUGACUUUAAGAAAACGUUUUGUAAGUUGAUGAUCCAAAUAAGGGUAGAAAGAAACCUAUAAACUGUCUAAUCAGUGUUCUAAAUUCAACAAGUGUGCCUUUCUAUAAAGGCAUAACUUUAAAAAGUAUAUUUUGGGCCAUGAGAAAUUAUUUUUUAAAUCUAUUAUGCUAAAGGUCACCUAAUGUGGAAGUCUUAAAAUUGUGACUGAGUUCUGUAUGUGACUUGGUUAUCCUAAAACUAAAACCAAACAAAAACCCCAAUGUUAAUUUAGCUAAUUCAACCAACAUAAACCUUCAUAUUUUCUUGAAAGGAGAUGUUUACUCAAAUUACCAUGUUGUGAAAGAUUUCAUACCAUCAAAAUGGGUUAUGUAGCAAACACAGCAUCCAGUCAAGGGAGUGCUACAAACAAGCCUUUGAAAUUCAUGUAAGCUACAGAGGACCAGUAUUUGGCAAGUAGCAUAAUAGGGGAAUAGAACAGUAAUUAGCAUUUCUCCUCUUGAGGUACUCAAUAGUGCAAUUAGAUAAAAUGGAAAAAUUUUCAUUCAGUUGCAGUUAUCUACCAAAUAAUUUGUCAUUAGCUGCUAUAUGAAGUCUCCAUCUUCAUUGAUGGGGAAUUCUUAUUGGCAGUGCACAAUCCAGUAACAAUGUUACAUAUUUUUGCUUUUUUAUUUGUUUUGAGGUUAUUUGUAACAAGUAAAUGUGAGGUCCUGUUAUCGUUUACUAGCAGUACAGUAUUCUCGAACUGUACAAUCUUUUUUUAGCAUCAAGUUUUCAUCCAUUAUUGAAUUUUAAAUUAUUUUAUUCUGUGCUCCUCUGAACAUGUAAUAUAUAUAUUUUACAUUUUACACCAGGCUUUGGUGUAGGCAGCAGAAGUUCUCUUCAUACGGCAACUGGGAUCCCUAACAUGACUGAUAUUGUACAGUAGCCUUUUUUUAACAGGAAAAAAGAUCGUGUCAGACAAGAUAGUCAUCUCAAGUUUAUUUGUUUCUGAAGUAGAUGAAUGCUGUUGAGACUUAACUAGUUUUCUAAAGAAGCAGGUGCUGUGCAGUGUGUAUUAAAAGCACGCUCUUUCCCUGCACAUUGAUAGAUUCCUGCAGGACAAAACAGAACUCUGCUUUCCCCCAUCCUUCCUCUGCUCAAUGUGCUUGUCCAUUAUCAUUCAGGGGAGAUCUGUGCACAUCUCCCAUAUCCCCUCUGAUUGGUCAAAGAAUGGCCAGUGGAGGGGGUAGACAUGAUAGAGACACACGCAGACCUUUCAGUCACUGGACUGCACACCAUUAUGCAGCCUGAGUGCAUGUCUCAUGAUUUUGUGCUGCGGAGAGGGAAAGGAGGACUCUGUUAUGUUGCAAUGGGAUCCUUUUGUGCAUAAGCAUUGCACACGUGGGGCUCAAGUCUUAAAACGUUUAUUGCUACAGCAUGUUUGUUGCAUCAUUUCAGUCUCAGGCUGAAGAUAGACGGUACUUGCCUAAGAGCACAUUUGACAUUGCUUGUUAUACACAGAUGCUACUGUAAGAAUCAAGACAGGCAAGAAUUUAAACAUGUAGUAUUCUGUGGACUGCUUUCAUCUAUGUUCCUCAGCCAUAAUAGUUAAGAAACCUAACUGCAGUAGUUGUUGGGUUAGAGGGAGCAAAAUAUGGCAUGUAAUUAGCUAAUGCAUUUUUUAACUGUAGGCCCAUUUAUAAUAUUUGGCAGAUAUCUACCAUUGUCUAGAUUUUAAAAUCUAAUAAUGCAGAUGUUUUGUUUGUAUUUCUGCAUGGCAACUGCUAGCCUCUAAAGCUGCUGUCCUGAUUCCACUGAGAUCAGUAUCAAUAGAAACCUGCCUUACUGAACAGUGACUGUAAUUUUUCCUUAACUAUUGUGAGUGGCUUGUAGUUUGACUUAAAGCCAUCAUCCUUGGCUGCACUGUAGUUGAUUACCAGCCUGACCUGACCCAUCAUCUUUAUUCUCAGAACCAGGGAUCCAUCUUCCAUGGCUGUACAUUUAAUAACUUAAAACUUAAUUUUGUUCCAAAUACCCAAAACAACAUUACACGGUUUCAAAGAUGACAGGUUCAUAAAGCAAUUGGUUGGCCAUUUUUAUUUGUUCUGUGUCUUGGAACUAUGAUUGGCUUUGAUGGGUCAGAAUUCUAUUAUACAUACCGAAGAAAAUUAAUGCUUAUCUUUUUCUGCAUAUUUGACUAGUAUAAUGGUACUCAACCUUAAUGCAGCAGAUACUUUUUCCAGCAAUGGACUUCAUCACAUUGCUGGAAGCAUGUGUCAAAGUCUCCAUUCAAAUGGUAUCUUUUCUUCCCUACCCAUUACUGUGGCAUUUUUUUAAAAAAAAAACCUAGCAUGCUCAGAAUCUUCAAGGAAUCAUUAUGAGGUAGAAAACAAAGGGGCCCCAAUUUCAGUAUCUGCAAGGGAGCAAAUAGCCUUUGAAAAUUGCUUUAUUGGGUGCUCUCAGCAGCUGGAAGAGUAAUAAGUGAAAAAUUACAUUGUAGUAUUUUGUGUCAAUACAUGAAACUUGGUCAUUACUGGGGAAGUGAUAUCUGGAAUGUAUACUGUGAAACACAACUUUCUAUAAUAUUUUGUGACUACAAAGUUCCCCAGCUGCUACAACUGAGUACCACUAGGCUAGAUGGGCUUCUAGAGUCUGAACCUGUUGCUAAUUGAACAGUUUGAAGGUUUCAGAGAAUCACCUGAGCUAGCAGUUUCAGUAUUAUUUAAACCACUGUUUUGUCACCUCAUUUUAAAAUGACGGUCUUCCAUGUUGUUUCAUUGAUAAAAUGUAACAUGUUAUUUAUAGAACAGUAACCUGUUGAAGUUAAAACCUAUUUUUCAGUAUUUAUGGGUAGCCUCUGUACAUAAAUUAUGUCUGUGUGUAUAUAUUGUAAGUAUAUUGUAUAUAAUGUAGGUUUGGGAUUUUGUGUUCCUGUAUAUAAUCUUUCAUUAUACUUGACAGCUAAUGUGUUAUGCCUGUGAUUCAUUCAUGUUAUACAUCCAGGAAAGAGUCCUUAGAUGGAAGUUUCCAGAGAAAUGGUACUGGUGCAUCAAUUGAAAUUCUGGGUACUCGAGUCGCAUAAAGACUGUAACAUUAAGAUGGUGACAGGUACCCAUAAGAACUACUUCAGGCACACCUGAUAGUAUUUGUAGCCCAAGGAGAUUUUUUAAAACUGCAUAUCCCACAUCAUAUCACAAAAUUGCUUAUGUAACUUCCCUGUGUUUCAAACGCAGUUUGCCAUGUGUCAUGAAGGCAGAUGCUGCUGUUUGAAGAAAACAAGUUGAAAGUCAUUUAUUGGUUCACGGAACUAGUUUCAUAGUUCUUUGAAGCCGGGCCAUUGAUUACAAGGGCUGUAAUGUAUACAGAGCUCCGUGAGCACUUGGGGUUUGCCACGGGGACGUCUUCCCCUUCGUAGGGGAUGGCAAGCCUAACUGUGUGGAGCUUCUGAUUGUGCCCUCUAUUUAUUACCAAUGUGUACAUUGCAAUAAACAUGUGAAUCUUUGGAGUCUAUGACGUUCAGGUUUUCAGAGUACAAUUUGCCAUAGAUGAUUUCAGUGACUGAUUUUAAUCUUAUAUAUCAGGCCUUCGUGUACAGGUAUAAUUCUACUUUGUAUAUAGUGUGUAUGUGUGUGUGUAUAUAUAUAAAUAUAGAAACACUGUAUUGUUAGGUCAACAAUUUAACCACAAUUGUUGAAAGAAAGUGCUACACAGUUUCAAUGAAACACUGUAUGUUUUAACUAAAAUAAAGAUUAUAAUCUUA